GUCAAGAGCCUACGCACAGACCCCGCAGGACAGGACUUCCUCCCCACAGGAGGCGGGGCGGGGCUAGCGGGAAGGGGCCUGUUGUAGCAGAGGUGACACAUCUCUGGCUGCCAGGCUGAGCAGCAGCUGGGUCAGCAGUUCACGGGAGCAGUGCUCACCUUCCCUGGAGGCUUCAGCAUGGACCUGUGCCACCCAGACCCAGGGGAGCUGAGCACUGGGGAAACCGAGGAGCUGCAGCGGAUCAAAUGGCACCGGAAGCAGCUUCUGGAGGACAUCCAGAAGCUGAAGGAUGAGAUCGAAGAUGUGUUUGCCCAAAUCGACUGCUUCGAGACCACAGAGGAGAGCCGGCUGGCCCAGAAGGAGAAGGAGCUGUGCACUGGGCGCAAGAAGUUCAACAUGGACCCUGUGAAGGGCAUCCAGUACCUCAUUGAGCACAAGCUGCUGACCUCCAAUGCCCAGGACAUUGCCCGGUUCCUGUACAAGGGCGAGGGCCUCAACAAGACGGCCAUUGGCACCUACUUGGGGGAGAGGGACCCCAUCAAUCUGCAGGUCCUCCAGGCCUUUGUGGACUGCCACGAGUUCGCCAACCUCAACCUCGUCCAGGCCCUCAGGCAGUUUCUGUGGAGCUUCCGGCUGCCAGGCGAGGCCCAGAAGAUUGACCGGAUGAUGGAGACCUUUGCCACUCGAUAUUGCCUCUGCAACCCAGGCGUCUUCCAGUCCACAGACACCUGCUACGUCCUGUCCUUCUCCAUCAUCAUGCUCAACACCAGCCUCCACAACCCCAACGUCCGGGACAAGCCGCCCUUUGAGCGCUUUGUGUCCAUGAACCGUGGCAUCAACGAUGGCAGCGACCUGCCUGAGGAACAGCUACGGAACCUCUUCGACAGCAUCAAGAGCGAGCCCUUCUCCAUUCCUGAGGACGACGGCAAUGACCUCACUCACACCUUCUUCAACCCUGACCGCGAGGGCUGGCUGCUCAAGCUGGGAGGCCGCGUGAAGACGUGGAAGCGGCGCUGGUUCAUCCUGACGGACAGCUGCCUCUACUACUUUGAGUUCACCACUGACAAGGAGCCACGGGGAAUCAUACCCCUUGAGAACCUCUCGGUGCAGAAGGUGGACGACCCCAAGAAGCCAUUCUGCCUGGAGCUUUACAACCCCAGCUGCCGGGGCCAGAAGAUCAAAGCCUGCAAGACAGAUGGCGACGGCAAGGUGGUGGAGGGCAAGCAUGAGUCUUACCGGAUCUCGGCCUCCAGCGCCGAGGAGCGGGACCAAUGGAUCGAGGCCAUACGAGCCAGCAUCACCCGCGUUCCCUUCUACGACCUGGUCUCUGCUCGGAAAAAGAAGAUUGCCAGCAAGCAAUGAGCUUCAUUAGAGGGGGUGCUGGGCCAAGCAUUCCAGAAACCCCAUGACUAUGACAUCUGGAGACCCACCUCCCAGUCCAGGGCACCCUUUCCUGGCCUGCAGACAUCUACCCCCUCCCCCCAUUCAAGCAGACUGAAGGGGAAGGCAGAGCUAAGGAGGGUGGAUGGGAACAGCUGAGGCCCAGAGCCCGCAGUGAGGCCCCUUGGCACCCAGCUGCUGCCAGAAAAGGCCUGAGGAAGCAGACGAAGAGACACCAGCCCCAGAACCAGACCCCUGUUCUCUCUCUGGGCCUCAGUUUCCUCUUCUGUGAAUGUCUCCUCGCACUCUGAAACUCUCAGUCCUCCCCAUAGGAGGGGCCGUGGGGUUCCUAAGCUCCAUGUCCAAGGCACUGUGUGCCUUCUGCCCCAGUCUCAUUCCUCCUCUGGUUCUUGGAAAACUACAAUGUUUGGAUGGGAAUAUUUUGGCCUUCUGGCUCUGUGCUCCCUGCCAUUCCACCCAGUGAGGGGAGCCACAGCCCCCUCAGGUCCCAGCAGUCAGUGAGCUGGCUGCCUCCCUCCUCUCAAACUGCUUCCUCCAGGCAGAAGGACAGGAUUGCACCAGGUCUCCCUGAGGAGCUUCCAGCUGGAGAUGUCUGCACUUGUUUACUAAGCUGGAGAGGACUCUGGACUGAACACUGCUGGGGAGCCAAGAGCAGAGUGGGCUCCACCCUCAGGAUGUCCAUUUCAGGGGAGGAGCAGGCAGGACUCCUCAAGAAAAUGGCACAGAACAUCCCAGACAGACGUACUCAAGCAGGACUGGUGGUAUAACCAAGAAG